AUGUCUGAUGUGUUCUCGGCUCAGACAAGACUUGCCAUUGCUAUAGACUUCGGAACAGCAAAUUGCAGUGCGUCCUGGACAUAUUACCGGCCCGAAUCGAGUGCAUGUCUGCUGAAAGAUGACUUUGACAUCAAGGGUAUACAUAACGUUUUCUUUCAUGGCCAGACAGAUCGAUACAUGAAGACAGAGUUUGCGUGGAGUCAGUCUCUCCAGAAAUGGAUCUUGGGCAACCGCAUCGACUCACAGAUCGGGAAACGAAAUCUUCGAGAAGAGGAUCGAAUAACUCAUGUCAAAUUGGCACUUGACCCCUGCAAGCAUACUGAGAAAAUCAGGAAUCGCAUUCAAGAUCAAGUGGAUGCAUUACCUGCAGAGGCCGGAAUCAUGUCUAUAGAUGCCUUGGUAGUAAAGUUUCUCAGCCUUUUCUACGCAGAAAUUACGACUAAGCUGGCUGACCAUAUAUCUCUUGACAAACUCCAAGUGGAGACUGUCAUAGCCAUUCCGGCAGCUUGGGACCUGAGCUUAGCCCAUAAGAUGAAAAUGCUGGCUGAGAAGGCAGGAUUUCGUAAUGUAAGACCGCCUGUUUACGAACCUGAUGCUGCAGCACUCUAUUCCCGCUUCGACAGAAGUCGCCUAUUUGAUCAUGCACCGGCUUCGCUCGCGGACUGCGAGGCUUCAUUCAUUAUCGUGGACGUUGGUGGUGGAACCGCCGUAGGUUUUUGGACACAAAUCUAUCACACCUUGGCUUACAUCAUAGAAUGUGGUAACAUAUACGAUUGA